AUGGCUCGCCUUGCCGCGACAACAGUCAUGUCUCCAGCCGCUGAGAUAAUUGGGAAUUGGUUGCCUGAAACGCAAUACGAUCAGAACCCUGCGAUUAACAUGGUUAUUUUGGACGGGGUUUUGGCCCCCCCAGUUUCGGGGUUAGCUAAUCAGAGUGACUUCAACCCACUUCAUGACAGAAAGAAGCAGAUCCAUUACCUCUUUCUCUCAACCCUUAAACAAUUGCCAUAUCUCAAAGUGGAGAGCUCAAUGUCCUAUCCCAAUCUCACCUUUCGCAAACCUACUUCACAGCCGGCCGAUAUUUCCUCCAUCAAAUCAACUCUCUUCGAUCCAAGCACAAUAUUUGUUGUGUCCGGUUACACUCAACGCUCCUCGUUACACCCGCGAUGCUCACACUGCAGUGGUGACAAGUUCAACAGACACAAGCUCUCCGUCCUUUUGAAGCGACAGGGUUUCUUGGUGCUCUGA